UGAUGUAUUAACUAUACAGGGGGGGGGAACAGGAAGCCGAGUUUAGUAGCAAUAGCAGAAGCAAGAUUUAAUCACAAAAAUCAUUUCAGUUCUGUUUGCGGAGACGGUACAUCUUGAAUUGAGUUUGAACAGAGGUGAAUUUGCUGACCAUGUUGCCCUCUCUGGUUGUGCUGCUAACGCUGAUGCCUCAAGCUUUUGCUAUCAAUCCCGGCAUUAAAGCUAGUCUCUCGGACAAGGGACUUAAAUACGGGUCCCAUGUGGGCGCCAGCUGGUUGCAGGAGAAGACUGGCCAAAUGCUCAUCCCAGAUGUUGAAGGGGACAUUGAUAUUAAAAUUGGCUCUGUACACUAUUGGCUAACCAGUAUGAAGGUAAGUCGGAUCGACCUCCCAGAGCCUACAGUGACUUUUACGGAGAACGUAGGCAUCAAAGUUGGCAUGGAGAACCUCGACAUCGCAGUGCAUGGGAACUGGAAAACAAAGUUCUCCUUUAUAAAAGACGGCGGCACAUUUGACUUGGCUGUAUUUAAUGUGGGCUUGUCCACUGUAAUUCAGCUCGGCAGUGAUGGGCAAGGCCAUCUGAGUGUAGCCAGUGCUCAGUGCGACUCCAGUAUUAAGGGAAUAGAUGUUUCCUUCCAUGGUGGAGGCAGUGUUAUCUUCCAGCCAUUUGUACAGUUUUUCAAAUCCAAAAUACUGAAUCAGAUUCAAGAAGAGAUUUGCCCAGGGAUUGAAAAGUAUGUUAAUGACUUGGAGAGUCAGCUGGAAAAAAUGCAGGUAUCUUUCCAGGUGAACAAAGACCUCAGCAUAGAGCUUCCUCUGGUUUUCCCACCAAUUAUUCAGGGCUCCGACUUGGAGGUGGAUCUUAAGGGCGUGUUUUAUGGUGCCAGAAAUCACACAGAACCCCCUUUUGUUGCUGGAACCUUCCAGCUGGACCAGCAGUCUGACCUCAUGCUAACUGUUGGCCUGUCUGAGUUCACCAUCAACUCUGCCGCCUUCGCUUACUAUUCCGCAGGGCUCCUACAAGCCUUGAUCACCGACGACAUGAUACCCAAGGCUUCGCCAUUCCGCCUUAACACCACAAGUUUUGGCGGCUUGAUACCUCAGCUUCCCAAGCUGUUCCCGAACAUGCUGAUGGUGCUCCAUGCCUAUGCCAGCCAGACUCCCACCGUCUCCUUCCAGCCAGAUACGACGACGUUAAAUGUCUUUUGGUCUUCCAAGUUCUAUGGAAUCCGAUCUAACUCCACCUAUAUUCCAUUCUUCCGCUUGGAUAUGAAUGCAACCUUCAGCAGCAAGUUCUUCGUAUCGGAUGAGAAGCUAUCGGGAUCCACAGCAUUAGACAACCUCACGUUGACUGUGGGAGCCACUGAAAUUGGGACAUUUCAGACCGAGUCACUACAGAAGCUACUGGAGCUUGGGAUCAAGAGCUACCUGCUACCCAUGCUGAACAAGAAACUGAAAGACGGCAUUCCCUUACCAACCGUGCACAACGUCCAGUGGGUCAAUUCCAUGCUAAAAGUCAACAAGGGAUUUGUGGAAAUUGCCACAGAUACAAAAAUUUCCCUGCAAGAAGCCAAAAGUUAAGAGCUCUUUUACAAUUUACAACCAGCUAAUUCUGUUACCGUUUAUACGAUUUUGUAAAAGCAACUGCUGCUUAACUGUAACUGCACUUACCACAAGCACCGCAGAAGGCCACUAGUGGUGAAAUGAAGAGUCAGCACUAACAAAUUUAACAAACUUUAAUCAUUUAAUAAAAAAAAAAAAAUUCUACAAAAACAAAACAAACAUUUAAAAUUAAAUACAACAAUGGGCUCAAAACCACCAAAGGACAA